AUGGACGUCCCCGUGGACCCCGCCCUGUCGGCCAACGUGCACGGCCAGCUGGUGGCCCUCAACGCGCGCCACCGCGCCGUGGAGUCCCUGGUGGGUGACUACCUGGUGUGCCUGCGCACGUGCCAGGACACCGCGGUGCGCAACAUGCAGCUGAGGAAGGAGGCGGACGAGCUGAGGGACGAGGUGCUUGAGAAGCAGAGCAGGCUGGAGGCGCUGGCGCGCAGGGCGGCGCGGGCGCAGCAGCUGGAGCGGGUGGAGGCCAGGCUGGAGGAGGCCACCACUGAGAGGGACGGUCUGCGGCAAAAGGUGUCAGAAUUGGAAUCCCAGCUGGGUGAGGCAACAGCCUCAAACGAGAACCUCACGUCCCAAAACGAGGAGUACCAAGCACAGGUUGCCACCUGCGAGGAAAACAUUGCGCAGCUCAAAGCUGAUGCAGAAUCGCUAUCAGAGCGUCUCAAGCAGCAGGAGGUGUCGACUGCCAUCGCUGUGGAAGAGUUGGAGUCCCACAGGGGGAGAGCAGCAGGUUGGGAGAAACAGGUUGAGAAGUUAAGCCGGGAGAAUGGGGAGUUGCUGAGGCGGAUACAGGAGAUGGCUGCAGAGCAGAUGAAGAAGCUGCAAGAGGUAAUGGAUUUGGAAGAGGCGGUGGUGCAGAGGGAGGCCAAGGUGGGCAGGAUGGAGCGGCAGGUGACGAUCGAGCGGGAAUACGAAUCGUCCAAGGUAGGGGGCUUUGCACUGGGGCCCCUGGGCAGCCUGUUUCCACCUCAGGUGCGCCACCGGCCGCCUUCCACUGCCAAAGACAAGCACAGGCGGCGCCUGUUCGAUGCCGUGGACGCCAUCGACAAGGAUAGGGGCAACGGGAAGGUGGUGGCGAUCCUGACUGAUGUGAUCAAGGCCCUGAAUGACAAGCAGAAACCUGCUGAAGACAGCGACUUUGAGAUCGUCGCCUCAGAGGAGGGCCGGCCCCCUGUUGCUGAGCAAGAGGUUGUGGUACCAAGGGCAGCCUUCAGGGGGGCGUCUCACAAGGGGGGAUGCACUUCACUGGCCUACUCACCCAACGGAAUGUUGCUGGCGACGGGCGGAAUGGACAAGGUGGUGUCAACCUGGUACCCCCCAACGAGGCUUCGGCAGAACGACCUCAAGGCGUUUGACUCCGUAAUGGAUGUGGCUUUCACUUGCAAUGGGGAGCAUGUCCUUGGAGGGGGUGUGGACAAGUCUGUGCUGGUGUGGCAAGCCUUGUCAGGCAGGCAGAGGCACACACUAAGGGGCCACACGAGGGGUGUGAACUGCGUCGUUUGCUCCCCUGCUGACCCAACUCGUGCCAUAUCCAGUGGGGAGGACAGAGCCAUCAUAUCAUGGGACCUUGCACGUGGCCAGCAGCUAGCCUCCCUGUGUCCCAACAGCCAGGUGUGUGCGGUGUGCUACACCAUCAGCCAUGACACGAUAAUGUCUGGCCACAUGGACGGCACCAUCCGCCUGUGGGACCUUCGGGCCUCCAAGAUUGUGCUGGACAAGACCCAGGUGCACAGCAACAUGAUCGUCUCCUUGCAGCGCCUCGAGUCCGGCAAGGUGCUGUCGGCGGGCAAGGACAACUGCCUCAAGCUGUGGGACUUGUCGCAGUCCAAGGUGCUGGCCGAGUUCUGGGCGAGGGACUUCCAGAUCGGCACGAUCGGGGCCAUGGGCAAGUGCAGGUGCAGCGUGUGCUGCAGCCCGGAUGAGCGCUUCAUUGUUGCGGGGACCACGGCUGGGACUCUGACGGUGUGGGACACCAAGGAGCCCUCUGCGGCUAAGAAGGUGCAGGUGUUGAGGACGCCCCACCACAGGGAGCCGGUGGUGGGGUGCGCCUGGGGCAGGCAGGGUGACAUGGCGUCCUGUGACAAGGCUGGCGUCGUGGUUUUCUGGAGAGACGUUCCCGUCGAAUGA